AUGGAAAUAGAGGUCUUGCCGCAGUUCCUACAACAGCCCACCCUAUACGCACAAUACGCGGCUGCAGCAUACUGCUCAGAUAACACCAAUUCCUCGAAUACUAAGACCCUGACAGAGUUCGAAGACUCCGAAUCUUUUGGCAACGUGGCCGGGGUCCUUGCCGUCGAUAAAACAAACAAGCAGAAUGUUCUCUCCUUCCGGGGAACCAGAUCGAUAGAAACCUGGGUUGCCAACGUCCGAUUCGCGAAGGACGACGUCGAUGAUACCUGUGACGGGUGCAAAGUGCACACCGGCUUUUUUAAAUCAUGGAAGGCCAUAGCUGCUGCUACAAAGGACGGUGUUGCUGUGACGGGCCAUAGUUUCGGUGGUGCGAUGGGCACUAUUGCGGCUGCUGUUUUACGGAAUUCGGGGCUUAAGGUUGAAUUGUAUAACUAUGGAGCGCCUCGUGUAGGUAACAAGGAGUUUACUGAGUAUGUCUCGGCACAAGGCGCCAAUUUCCGUGUUUCACCUUCCAAUGAUAUUGUUCCUCACAUGCCACGUCGGAUGUUUGGGUAUCACCAGAUUAGGACUGCGGAUAUUGAGAUGAUCAACGAGGCAGAUUCGAAUAUAGGGAAUGCUGGAAGAAGAUGA